AUGAGAGAAGAUCCAACGACAACCGUAGACUUGGUCAAGCUGUCGGACAAAGCGCGACAACCGGGUGCCAAGUAUGGGCACAAGCUGUUGUUGUGGGAGGACGAGGCACAACACCUGACGGGAAGAGUGGAGAAGCUGUGCGGGAGAGAGACAGUGGAUAAGCUGUGCGGGAGAGAGACAGUGGAGAAGCUGUGUGGGAGAGAGACAGCAGAUACAGCGUGCAGCUUGCAGAACUCCUGA